CAAACGACGAAUAUGAAGCAAAAAGAGAAUCCGCAGUCGGAAGAAACACGAGGGAAGGAAUUGUCAUUACAUUCGAACGCAGACUUUUCGUUUUAAAAUCAAUUUUAUUUUAAAUUGCGAUUUGUAAGCGGAUAUUCCUAAUUCGUAAUGUUAAGUUGGCCAACAAAUCGCAGCGCGAAAAAGCCAGAAAAAAAGUGUUCCCGAGUGCGUUAGUGUGCGUGUGUCGGUGUUGCAGUCGGUGUGUGAAGCAAGAAGCAGUUUGAGAGUGAGAGGAGUAAAGAGCGUGCAAAGAGAGAGGAGGAGAGUUUUGAAGGACGUGCGAGCAGAGAAGGAUCUAUAGGAUCACCGCGGAUCGCCGAUGUACAUUAGCUAACUGGGUGGCAAACACCUCCACCCCAAAUUCAAAAUUCCACCUCAAACCCCCAGCCGGAGCAUCGACAUGCCCGUUUCGAUGGCCGUGUGCGAAACGGCGAAUGUCGUCAACGCUGCUCUUCGAGAAUCCCUCAGCGGGAACACCUCCGGUUCCUCAGCCGACCAAGCCAAAACCGGCGAGGAUUCCUCUGGCAACCUGCAAAAUCACAUCGUGGCCAAUGCCAAACGCAUCCUGAUGGCCAAAAUAGAGUACGAGGAGGUGCCAAACUACCACGAAUCGGUUUUGGAGAACCUCAAGUCCAAGUAUAUUGUCAUUAAGCCAGGAGGAAAUCCAGGCGCCAUCAAUGGCUUUGGUGGAAAAAACAACACAGGCAAAGUUGUGGGCGCAAAUGGGCAUGACAAUAACGGCGCUCGCAAACAAUCAGAGCAUCCCAACAAUCAGUCGCAUCACAACAACCACAAUAAUUCACAUCCCUCUAACAAUCCCAAUGAGCUGCCCAAGCCGAAGAGGGUUCUAUAUCCUCGAGAGAACAUACGCAUCGGCUGGAAGCAGUCAGAGCGCAAAUGGCAGGUGGGAACGGGUAUGAUAAAUGUGGGCAACACCUGCUACCUCAACUCUACGCUGCAAGCCCUCUUGCAUAUCCCUGCACUGGCAAAUUGGCUCGUCUCUGAGCAGGCGCAUCUGGAGAACUGCAAUGUGGCCGAAUCCGGUGGCUGUUGCAUCGUCUGCGCCAUGGCCAAAACCUUGUUGGCCACACAAAGCAAUCAGUCGGCCGUCAGGCCAUUCCUUAUCUACUCAAAGCUAAAGCAAAUCUGCAAGCACAUGGUCGUCGGUAGGCAAGAGGAUGCUCACGAGUUUCUUCGCUUCUUGGUUGAAGCCAUGGAGCGAGCGUAUCUGAUGCGAUUCCGAAACUUUAAGGAGUUGGACCAGCUGGUUAAGGAGACAACGCCUUUGGGACAGAUUUUCGGCGGUUACUUGCGUAGUGAGGUGCGCUGUCUGAGCUGCAACCACGUGUCCAUCACGUUCCAGCACUUUCAGGAUUUGUUGCUUGACAUUCGCAAAGCUGACUCUCUGGAGGACGCAUUUGAGGGACAUUUUUCGCGCGAACGUUUGGAGGAUAUGGGUUACAAGUGCGAGGGCUGCAAGAAGAAGGUAUCAGCCACUAAGCAGUUCUCUUUGGAACGGGCCCCAAUUACUCUGUGCAUCCAGCUAAAGCGAUUCUCCAUGAUCGGCAACAAACUGACAAAGCAGAUCUCCUUUAAGCCACGCAUUGAUUUGAGCAAAUAUGCUGCUCGCUCUCCAGCGGCUCAGGCUCAGCCACUAACCUAUCGCCUGGUCUCGAUGGUCACACAUCUGGGAGUGUCCCAGCACUGCGGUCACUAUACGGCCAUUGGAUCCACAGAUACGGGUAGCUAUUACAACUUCGACGACAGCUACGUGCGACCAAUUGCAAUGCAGAGCGUCUGCAACACCAAUGCCUACAUUAUGUUCUACGAACUGGACCUCUCACAGGCUGCUAGUCCAGCGGCCACCAGGCCCAAUGGAGUGCGUCUAACCAAUGGACAUAGCACACUACCAGUAGCGACUACAACUGUGUCUUCGCCUUCACCAACCCGUUUCAUCGGUCCCCAGCUGCCGCCUGGUGGGAUAAACGGCUACAGCAAUGGCAAUGCCCAAAAAACGGCCAUCCAAUUCAAGCAGCAUCACCAGCCAAGUCAGCAGAACGGUCUCCAGUUGGGGACCGGAAAGUUUCAGGACUCUGCGAAACCUCAACUGGUUGGCGCACACGCUAAAGGCGAAGCUACUACAAGUCCCACUGCAAAUGGUAACAAAAGUUCCUCCACCAACAGCAACAGCAGCAACCACAAAUCAAUAAACCAGCAACAAUAUCUGCCAAUAUCAUCGGACGAUGAAGAUAGUGAUGAUGAGCCCAGACUAACGACAGCACAGCUGCCGAGCAUGCCCAAGAUGACGGAAGAUCAUACGGAGAAGCCAAAAUCGCCCGUGAAGAUACAAGUUAAGACCCCGGUCAAAACACCACUAAAAAGUUUAGUGCCCUACGAAUCCGCCUCGGAGGAGGAGGAGGCGCCACUGCCCAAUCCCCGAAAGCGUCGAAGUGGAGACGACUCUAGUGAGUCGGAGCAGGAGUCUGGACAGACCAAUGGUCACAGCAAGACUAAUGGCGGUCUCACCAACGGCGCCUCCACGUCAUCGGUUCACGUUAACAACAGCAAACAAAAGACUGAUGCCAUAGACGAGAUAUUCAAGAGCCUAAAAAAGUCUGCCGACAGUGAGGACGACGAUGAUGAGGAGGAACCGAGCAUCCAGUUGUCUAAUGGCUGGCACCCACAGAAGCAAUCGUCUCAAAGCAAAGCACCAUCCUCGCCCAAAACGCCACCAUCGCCUGCAGUUAUCAAAUCGAAGACGGGUAUCUGGAAAGUUACUCGAAACGAUGACGUUGAAGAAAUCGACGAUGACGACGAUGAAGAAGAGGAAGCGCCGACAGCCAAAAUUCAGUCGCCCAGCAAGACUCAUCGAAAUCCGUUCGCCAGUAGCAAACCCUCCACAGACUCGCCCACAACGCCUGGUGCCAAGCGCCAAAAGCUGCUCAACGGAAGCGCGGUCAAGUCGCAUCCGCAGCAAAGAGUGGGCAACGGUUACCAGAGCGAAGCCACCUCAAAUGGAAACACCAUUAACGAGUUACUCAAGCAAUCCCAUCGGGGAUAUGGCUCCUCGGUUCUCGGUUGGAAUAACAAGCCCGCGGAGCUUGAAAAAGAGCUACUGGUCGAUGCGCGAGAGCAGCGACAGCGAGACCUUGAUGACGACGAGGAGAAUGAGAUGGAUCGCGGGCGUCAGCGCAAGGUGAAGUCUGCCAAGGGAAACAAUAGCAGCAAUGCUAGCAACAGCACGCCCGGUUACAAUCCAUUCCAGGAGUACGAGGGCCAAAAACGCUGGAACAAGAACGGCGGAGGAGGAGGAUUUCCACGCUUCUACAACCAGAACUUUCGCCAGAACUUCCAACAGCGCAACAAGUUCAAGUUCAACCGUUUUGGGGGACCUGGCAGCGCCAAGUUCCAGAAGCAGCGAGCUCUUCAGCGUCAUUUGGCCGCCGGCGGUGGCUUUAAUCGGCGGCAGCCAUCGGCACAGCAACAGCAGCAAUCCUAACUGGAUGCGGAUACACGAGGAUCACGAGAAGGAGACGUCGAUGCGACUGCGGCGUGUGCAUUUGUUAUUGGAUUUCAAUUACGCAUGAGUUUUGUAAACGUUUUUUAACUGCUGAUGAACAUAUUAGAAGUAGGAGUAGCCGUAGGACUGUAAGCUAUAAGCUAGAACGUAACUGUUGCCCCAAAAUAAUCCCAAGCCCUAACCCGAGAACGGCCCAUUAGAACCUAAGACUAAGACUAUCAUUAAGAGGUAUAGAUGAUUGCGAGAUUGUGUUUGGCAUUUUAUAUUUAUUGUGUUUGGCUGGAAUUCGUGUCUAUACAUUAGAGUGGUAGCCGGCCGUCCGUGAGGAACUAAGGUUACUGCUCUGAUGCCGCCACUCACAACACAGCAAGGUUACCGCUCUGAUGUUUCAUUUUUAAAAAAUGUUACCCCCACAGAAGAAAACACUUAAUAUGCUAAAUAGCUGCGCAUAAUGGAAAUAAAGAGCAACCCAAUAUUUUAAGAGAUUAAACCUAAAAA